ACAACAACAUGGUAGCAACACAACAUGGCAGCAGCACAACAUGGUAGCAGCACAAAACAGGGCACAAACAUUAUUGGGCACAGACAACAGUACAAAGGGCAAGAAAGUAGAGACAACAAUACAUCACGCAAAGCAGCCACAACUGUCAGUAAGAGUGUCCAUGAUUGAGCCUUUGAAUGAAGAGAUUGAGAUAAAACUGUCCAGUUUGAGGGGGUUUUGCAGCUCGUUCCAGUCACUAGCUGCAUCGAACAGAAAAGACGAGCGACCCAGGGACGUGUUUGCUUUGGGGACCUUUAACAGAAUGUGACUGGCAGAACGGGUGUAUGUGGAGGUUGAGGUCUGGAAACUGUGUAUCAGGAUUUUGUGGCCAUUUACACAGAUGGCUCAAAGGCUCUAAGGACAGACAUACCGGGUCAGCAUUUGUAGUGCAGGAAUGUGGGGUGGAAGUCAGAAAACGUAUUACAGAUAAUCUGGCUGUAUAUACGGCGGAGCUGAUGGCCAUACUGUUGGCCUUGUAGUGGGUGUAGGAAGUCAAGCCAGACAGAGUAGUUAUUUGCUCUGAUUCAUGUGCAGUGUUAAUGAGUCUCCAGUCCUUUAGCUCAUGUAGCAGACAAGACCUGCUUUAUGAGGUGCUACAAACCCAUGGCAGGAUUAGACAGAUGGGUAUACAGAUAACAUUUACUUGGGUCCCAGCCCAUGUGGGGGUGGAGGGGAACAAGGCAGUUAAUGUACUGGAUAUACAAGCACUUAGAAGUGGGGAUGUUGAUGUUGUAGUUUCAAUGAGCAAGGCAGAGGCAAAAAGCCUGAUAUGGACAGUGAUGGUGCAGAGAGGGCAGGAGCAGUGGAAUAGAGAUACUAAGGGCAGGCAUUUAUUUCAAGUACAAAGGAAAGUCGGGAGGGGAGGACGGCAGGAAGGGACAGAAGAGAGGUGGAUAUUUUUUACAAAUUAAGGGUGGGACACAGCCGGUUGAAUAAGACCUUACAUGUGAUAGGAAAGCAUCCAACAGGAAAGUGUGAUUAUUGUCAGGAAACAGAGACCGUGGAGCAUGUAUUGCUACAGUGUGGACAGUAUUAGAGGGAAAGAGAGAGGCUGAGAUCUAGUAUGAGGGAGAAGGGGAUAUAGGACAUUAGUUUAAAGAGUAUAUUGAGUAGAACGUCAUUAGAUAUAGUCUCAAAUAUUUUGUUGUCUUUUUUUAAGAGUAACAGGGCUGGCAGGUAGGAUUUAGUUUCUCCCUGUCUCUGGCCCACACUCCAGGACAGUAUGUGGUGGUAAUGCACCAUAACGUUGGAUGCCAACCGCUGAUAAACCCCACCGAAGAAGAAGAAGCCAUUAUACCAUAGAAGAAUAGUGCAUCUACAGGAUGUCGGUGAACGAGGAGCGCACUGUGACCAUACAGGACAUACUGGAAGACAAGGAACUACAAGAGGCUUAUGCUGUGUUGGCUGGAAGUGAUCCAGAGAAUUGUUCCUAUCCCCAGGGAUACGUGAAGAGACAGGCUGUUUUUGCCUGCAACACUUGCACACCCAGGGGGGUAGAACCUGCUGGGCUCUGCCUUGCCUGCACCAACCAUUGCCAUGAUGGGCAUGACAUAUUUGAGCUCUACACAAAAAGGAAUUUCCGAUGUGAUUGUGGAAACAGCAAGUUUGGCGUGUUUAGGUGCCAGCUGAGUCCUGGCAAAGACCAACAUAAUGCAAAAAAUCAUUACAAUCACAACUUCCAUGGCUGUUACUGUACCUGUGACAGACCUUACCCAGACACUGCUGAAGAUCAGGUUAAUGAGGAUAUGAUUCAGUGCAUCAUCUGUGAGGACUGGUAUCAUCCCAGGCACCUGGGUUGUACGGUGGAAGACUCUGAGGAGCUGCAGGAGAUGGUUUGUGAGACCUGCAUGAACAAAGCCCCCUUCCUCUGGACAUACGCCACCCACAUUGCAGUUAAAGAUGGAAGAUGUCAGUCUUCUUCAUCUAGAGAACCUCCCAUGGUCAAAGUGAGCCACUGUAAAGGGGAGUUUGAAGUCAACAAGGAGGAAGAUAAGGAGCCAGAGGACAAGAGGAGGGAUGAGCCCUGUAAGAACGGGGACGAGGGGUCCUCUACCAACCCCAGCUGUCAGGAGAAGAAGCAGGCUACGAAUGGGAGGUCUGUCUACAAACGGACUCACCAGGAGAUGACAGGCCUUCCUGUGAAGAGCCAGGAUAAGACUGUGUACUGCAGGCUGAGGGAGCUGAAGACACAAGGUCUGGAGAGAGCUAGGGAAGGGGCUGUGUUCUGGCCUUACCACUGGAGAGCCAAGCUGUGCACCUGCGUCAGCUGCAAGAGGGCAUACGUUGAUGCGGGAGUGCAGUUCCUGCUGGAUGAGUCAGACACUGUCCUGGCCUAUGAGAACAGAGGCACUGUAGAGCAAGGACCUGCUAGUCUUGACGGUCUGCUCAUGUCAAGCCUGAGUACUCUGGACCGCGUGCAGCAACUGGAGAUUGUUUACCAGUUCAAUGAGAUGCAGACUGAACUGAUGACGUUCCUACGGCAGAUAGCUGAUGAAGGAAAGGUUGUCACAGCAGAGGCCAUCCACCAGUUCUUUGGGGAGCUGAUGUCCAGGAAGAGGCGGCAAAUGAACAGCUGAUGUCAUUCUGCCCCUCAGUGUCGUUGUCUACUUGUUUUUUUAAUGUUACUUUGGGUUCAUAGCAAAACUGUUCGAUGUCCCUCAAACGCCUUCUGCUUUAAAUAAAAGAUACUGUUGCUGA